AUGGCAGAAACUCAAGAGUACAGCCUAGACAUUCUGUCGGCGACCUGGGGCACAGCCGACGUCACCAAGACGCUCAGGGGCAUGUACGUCAAGGAUGCCAACACGAUAAAGGCGGACAACAACCUGUUCACGAUUUCGCCCACCGUUGCUCUGUUUGGCGAUCCGAUCCCGAACCAGACCAAGGUGUUGGUGUGUGUCUGGCGCGUUAUCCUGUCUAACGGGUCGCUGAGCGCCAUCCAGGCCACGACCAUCAAGCAGUCCGAGACAGGUACAAUCAACUACGACGGGUCUCAUCUGCCGUCGUUCGUGGCCCCGACCGACAAGAACAAGGUCUUCGUCGCCAAAGCAUACUGGCACACGUUGGACGUGACGGCGCAGGUGCAAGCGCUCGCCGACAACGUCAAGUCGUCGGCUCAGGUCAGCAUAGCCUAUUCGGCCCUGAAGGCCUCGGACCCUGCGCCGAACACGCUCAAGGCCCUCGUCAUCACCUACGGCUAUGUUCUUGCCAACGGGGAAGUGCAGUUCGCCGUGAGCACGGCCACGGACACAAAGUCGGCCGUCUUCAACCAAGGUCCGGCGCCGCCGCGUCUCCUGAUCAAGUCUGCUUCGUUUGGAGGCGUCGACUGGACCAGCAAGAUCACCCCUUUGAUCAACCCGAUCACGCAGACCAUUUCCGUCGACAACUACGGCUCCAUCUUCAGCGACCCGUGGAAAGGGGUCUACAAGACGCUGGCCGUGCUUUACCAGUACGAGAACUCUCCGCUCCAGCUCUUGAUCGCCUGGGACACCAAUGCUGCCAUCUCCAUCAGCCCUUCCACCUCGGAUCCGGCGAGAUCACGCUUCUUCAACCUGGACGGACGGCGGGCCGGCGAGACCAACAUCAUCGCCGUAGUCUGGGGCAUCAUGCAGGGCCGCGUCGACGGAAUCGCGGCCGACAGGUUCAAGAGCAUCAAGGAGCUUGGCACCUUCGGGGCGACCAACAAGUGGUUCGGGUUCGACGGCUGGACCGACCAAACCAAGAGCGCGACGGUUUUCUACCAGUACGGCCUCACGGGCGAGAUCAAGUGCGUGACGGCCCGCGAAGGCGAGAGGGCAGUCCCUCUGGCCCCGCGCCACCCCGUCCACCACGACCCUCUGCCGGGCCGGGGCCUCCUCGCGACCUCGUCCCUCCCCGGCGACGGAUUCACGCUGCAGGUGCCCGACAAGAAGCACUGGCUCUCGAUCGACUACCCGUCGCUCACGGUCCUCAGCACCACGACCGACAGCAGCGCAGCCGCCGUCUUCCGCAUCCAGCGCGACCCGCCCGGCAGCGCCCCGGUGAUGACCGUCACGGACCCGAAGCGGUCCCCGGCAAAGUACUAUUACGUCCAGUGCAAGGGCGAGGCCGACGGCGACUUCGUCAACCUGCUGCCGACGCGCGACGGCGCCAGCGAGGCCUACUACGAGCUGCCAGCCGGCCAGAGCUUCAUGAACGUGCUCUUCGGCUUCGGCGUCGACGGCGGCGCCCGCCAGGACCCGCGCGUCUUCCGCCUGUUCCCCGGCAACGCCACCGCCAGGUCGGCGCGCGUCCAGGCCCUGCCCAUCUUCUACGACACGCCGUGGGUCCCCGACGACGAGCCCCAGUUCUCCGAGUGCCUGUUCCAGCCGGAGUUCACUGCUUCUCACAGUGCAGUCCAUGUCUCGCCAAGGGACGACCCGAUCGCCCCGCCGAUUCCGAAAGAUGAGGCCGCCUGCCUGUUCGGCAUCGCCACCCUCCUCCUCGACCUGCUGUACAGCGUCCCCAACGCCGCCUUCGGGUGGUUCCUGUCCAUCCCCGGCACCGAGCCCAUAGUGCGGUGGAUGCGCGACCUGGACGCCGCCAAGCAGACGCUCAUUGCGGACCUGGUCGACGGGGUCAAGUCCCUCUUUGCCGGCGGAGCAGGCAACGGCACUUCCGUGUGGUCUUCGGCCUUUUCCAUGGCCAACGAGCUGUACAACGCGGGCCUACUGUGGGGCUUCUACAAGGCCAUCUUCUCGUCCUUCUCCAUCCUCGAGUACGGCGUCCUCUUUACCCAGUUCGCCGCCUGGGCCAUUGCCCAGGUCGCCGCAGCCCCGGCGCUGGCCGUGCUCGAGGCCGUGCAGUUCGUGCUCGUCGUCACGAGGACCAUCACGCACAUCCAAAGCGCGGCGCGCAGCUGCGCGGCCAUCAUCAAGGGCGGCGGCAAGCACAACACACCUGCGCGCCAGCGCUUCGCUAGGCUGCAGGCGGCCGUCCAGGGCGUGGUGUCGGAGAUCCAAGGGUCGGAGUUGCAUCCGUCGAGCCAGCUGGCACUGAUCAAGGCCCUCCGCGGGCCGCAUGUUGUUUCCUUGUUGGCGGCCGACGGCGCUGGUGGUGGUCAGGGGCGUGAUGUCGCUGAGCUUCGGAAGCGGGCCCUCGUUCCGCUGCUGGAGGCUGAUGAUGAACCGGUCAGGCAGUAUCUCCAGAGAACUGCCAGGCUUGAUCAGGACGUUCUCGAGCUCGUCGACACUCUGGCGCCACAGGUUGACGCGGCUCUGGCUGAGUAGGGAUGGCCGAACAACAUAGUCUGAAAUGGAGAUUGCUACGUGUACGAUUAGGGUCCCUGCAGGUGUCAAACGACUUGAGCUUGCGCGCUAGAGGCAGCGCUCGGUCCCGACCCGACGUUCCACUUGACAUUGACCGGGGCCGGCUAUGUGGAAUCAUGGGAUGGCGUGAGCAGCAGCUGCUGCUGUCCAUGGCCUUCCAAGACCACAGCUAAGUGGCGUAGGCGAAAUCCUCAGCGUGACCAGCAAGAUCGGUCUAUACCAUGCCUCACCCCCCAACGGAUCACCCUAGCAGUGGAUCACCCUUUACACCAAAACACUACAUCUUUGAACAAC